CCCUCACUUGGCUUAAUAGAGAGGCGGAGUCACGUGGCUCUUCGCAAGUCGCUCGCACCGCCUGAGACAAAGUGUGCGCCCGAGCCGUGCUGAGAGGGUCCGUGUGCUGUUCUACAGAAAGUGUGAGCGAAGACACCAUGGCGAUGAAGUUGGCCUACUGGGAUAUCCGUGGGCUCGCCCAGCCCAUUCGCCUGCUCCUGGAGUACACGGGAACUUCGUACGAGGAGAAGUUCUACUCCUGUGGUGAAGCUCCCAACUAUGACAAAAGCUGCUGGUUUGACGAAAAGGAGAAGCUUGGGAUUGACUUCGCCAAUCUCCCCUACCUGGUGGAUGGCGACAGGAAGAUUGUCCAGAGCAAUGCCAUCAUGAGAUACAUUGGACGCAAACACAAUCUUUGCGGGGAAAGCGAGGACGAGAUCGUCCGGGUGGACAUCCUGGAGAACCAGGCGAUGGACUUCCGCAAUGGAUUUGUCAUGAUGUGCUACACGGACUUUGACAGAAUAAAGCCAGAUUACCUGCAGAAGCUGCCUGGCCUCCUGAAGCAGUUCUCCGACUUCCUUGGAGACAAGAAAUGGUUUGCCGGUGACAAGAUCACCUUUGUAGAUUUCAUCAUAUAUGAGCUUCUUGACCAGCAUCGCAUGUUCGAACCGACAUGUCUGGAUAAGUUCAAGAACCUGACUGACUUCCUGGACAGGUUCGAGGGUCUGGAGAAGAUCGCUGCCUACAUGAAGUCCGAGAGGUUCAUGAAGACACCGGUGAACAACAAGAUGGCCAAGUGGGGCAACAAGAAGGAGUGACAUGGUGGUGGUGGGCGGAGCUUCUUCUGCAGCCCUCACAUUCGCCAUAGUCAUAUGAAACAUCAAAACACACUUGUGGGCUUGUUGGUCACCUUUCAUACACUUUUAGAUGCAAAUAGGUGAUAUCAGGGUAGCAUAUUGUGGUGCCAAGUUUAGAUGAACGAACGCAUGCCGUGUGUUUGUGUCAGGCUGAUGGAGGAAGAGCAAAGGCUGCACGUUCAGUUUGCUUCCGCAGGGUUCCAGCUCAGUCGGCCAUGAGGUCUCCAAUAACUGUCUGCUUUAACUUUCUGAGCGCAAAUAACUAAACUGCUAAAACAGUGUGGGGGGGGCACAGUGAGGACUUGUUUUAUCUGCCAGUUUCUAUAGUGAAACAUUGGAGAACGACAAGCACCAGAAUUAACGUUUUGUACUUGUAAUCUAACAGUUGAAGUCAACAUAAGUGCCUUUUCUCUGUCUUUCUGCGCUUUACAACACUCAGUGUGGGGAAGCUACUUGUGUACAACUUUGCUUCUGCUAAUAAAGCCCUCUUGGAACAGC